AUGCCUUCGCAACAACGACGCAACGCAAAGCCUUCAUCGAGCAAGGCAAAACGACGUGCGGUGGUGGAAGAGUCGGAAUCUUCAUCGGAUGACUUCUCUGAUGGUGAUGGAACAGAAGUGAGAAAUGUGGUUGGAGAAGAAGAUGAAGAAAUUUUGGAAUUGGAUGAAGAGGAAAAUUCUCCUGAAAAGCAAAAGAGGUCGUCCACUGGAUCCGUAACAUUUGAAACACCUGCUACGGCUAAACAUAAAUCUUCAUCAUCACGUAGAAAACACAAUCAAAAGAGACGUGAUAAAAGAAAGAGUGUUGGCAUUGGAUUUUUAACAACAGAAACACAUCGUAGAAGUGGAGCUCACGCCAGCAGCACUGCAGGUUUAGUUUCAACAUCACGGACAUUAACGUCAUCCGAAUUGGAAGCUCUCUUUCAAAAUUGUAUCAAAUUAUCAUCUGAAAAUAAGAUCAAUGCCAAGAACACGUGGAAUUUAAAUUUAAUUGAUUAUAUUGGUGAAGUUUUAGAAACAACCCUUACAGGUGGAAGUUUUCAAGCUGCCAGUUGCACUCUUGAUGCUGGUGUUAAAAUUUAUUCGACUCGUGUUGACUCCGUUCAUACAGAGGCUUACAAAGUUUUAACGAGUUUUGCCAGAGCUGAUCCUCAAAAGAGCUCUUCCUCAGAAAAUAACAACGAUGGAGAAGAAGGAGCAAACAAAGAUGGAGAAGAGGCUGAAAAAUCUAAAAGAAACGAGUUCGACAUGCUUGAACUUGCCUAUGUGAUUGAACCUUUGUACCAUACUUCACUCGGAUCGUCAAACAAUUUCGACGUGGGAAGUGCCAAUUCUUUGCUUUUAAACAAUUUAGGACUUGGAUAUGGAUGUGAAGUUAUAAUAGACUCAAAAAAUUGGGACUAUGCAUACAAGAAAAUUGCAUCUGAGAGCAAUAAUCGUCCAAAUCAAACAAAACAAACAGCAGAGCAACAUCGGCAAGGAGCUGUAACCACCACCAAUGAAGAGGAAGAAAGAAUUCAUCCAAUAGCUUUAGAUAAGAGUGCAAUGGGGCGUUUGUUGACGACAUCAUUUAUAGACGAGAAAAUGCUUGAAGAAAUGGAAGAACGAGCCAAACUAACUCAACAACAAUCGAAAGAGCACAACCUUCAACCACAAGGAGAUGAUAUACCAUUGCAGCAACCUAUCUCAACCGAAGAAAUUCAAACUCAACACAAUGUGUUAACAUCAGAUGUACCCACCAUUAAUAAUAAUGGAUUUGCUUCAGAACAGACACCGUCACUUUCGGAGAAUUUCACCUUUGAUCUUGGUGGAGGUUUCGGUGGUGGAAUUGAUGAUUAUGGCCCACCGGAUACAGCAAUGUCUGAUGGUCUCACACCUCAAUCGUAUGGUGGCAUGCCUCUCGACACCACCACACAAAUACCUCAAAGACUUUCAAUUGGUGGUGAUGGGGUCAAUGCCUUAAUUACUGCUGCUACUGAGGUUGGAGGUUUGGCUCCCGAUCACUUUGCAAAUGCCAAUCAUGAUGACGAUGAUGACGACGAUGGCUUGGGUAUAUUUGAUACAGAUUUUGUCAAUGCAGAACCGCAAGAUGUCGUACCUCAAGAAAUUGGAGAUGAUGACACUGUCAUAGUAGAACAGCAGAAUAAGCUUCAAGCAAGUGAGCCUUCGCAACCAACAUCGAUCACUGAAAUGAUUCAAAAGAAUCCUGAAACGAUCACUGUUGACAAUGACUAUGAAUACUUUGAUGUUACCAAGAUUAAGCAUUGGGCUGGAAUUGAGCAUUGGAAGCCAUCAGCAAAAUCAAAAACUCAAGGCACAAAUACUAAGAAAUCGAAAAAACGAACACAAAAGUCAAAACCCCAUGUUUUUGAUUUUUAA